UGGAAAUAAGUAAAAUGUGGGUUCCAUCACCUCUGAUUAUGAAUUAGUUCCUGCGAACGCAAAUCAACUUCGAGUCAUAACCACAUUAAUCAUACGUUAGAGCGAAAUUGUGUACAAUAUUAUUAUUUCCUUCGACGAACACCCUCUAAUCCAGGUUUAAAAUCAAGAAAACAAAAUCUAUUCGUGAUUCGAACGCAUAAAUUCAGAAAUCUCGUGGAAUUCUUUUCUUUACAAAAGCAAACUAUUUUAUCAGGACAUCUGAUUGAAGAAGAAGAAGAAAAACCAGUCGUUUGCAAAUUAUUCUGAAUAGAUGGCGCAACGAUGAGCUUUUUGCUUGAUUCAAUGACACGAAAAAGCCAUUCGAAGAAACUGCAACAUCAGCGCCAAUGACAAGGCGAUGGCGACUACGUCAGCUGUCAUGUGCUACCUGUCACAUUAAUGAACCCUAAUCAACAUUAUCCGAUACAUGCUUAAAACACAUCGUUUUCUCAUUACAAUUCGCGGCUAUUGGCAUAGCCCAAUUCAUUUUUAUCGCAAUUCGAUGGUUUUUUUUGUGUGAUCAUUCAGUUUGCAUCCAGUUUUCUUUCUUAUCCAAUUCAUUUAAAUCAUAAAUGCAUUAACCGAAAAUAGAGAAUAAAAAUAAUGACGAGGUUUCAUUCAUAUACGACUGCAGUCGUGUUAAUUGCAUUCAAUUUUCUACUUACCCGGGCCGAUGAUAUUUUGGGAUGCGGUGGAUUUGUAAAAAGUCAUGCGGACAUUGAUUUUUCGAAAGUUGAAGUGGAAUUAUUGACCAAACAGGGCAGUUUAAAAGAUAAAACCGAUUGUUCACCAUCGAAUGGAUAUUAUUUUUUGCCGGUUUACGAUAAGGGCGAAUAUGUAUUGAAAAUCUCACCACCGCCCGGCUGGAGUUUUGAGCCACAGCAAUUCGAAAUCAACUUUGAUGGGAAAACAGACAUGUGUAGCCAAGGAAAAGAUGUAAAUUUUGUGUUCAAAGGUUUCGGUAUCACCGGUAAAAUUGUCGGUGUCACUGGCAAUAUCAAGGACGUCAGCGUUGAACUUCAAGCAUCCAGUGGAAGUGACACUCGCAAAACCGUGUCCGAUAUUAAUGGUGUAUUCUAUUUCACACCCGUCAUUCCCGGUCAAUAUACCAUUAAAGUUAGCCACAAAAACUGGUAUUUCGAAAAGUCAGAAUAUGUCGUCACGGUCACCACUGGAAACACUGAGCUGCCAAGUAAUGCAUUUGUCGUGUCUGGAUUCGAUGUAUCUGGUCAGAUCUCUAGCGACGGCCAAGCCCUUCAAAACGUUGAAUUCGUUCUGUUCAAUCGCAAAAACCAACGUCAAGCAUCGAAAUGUAAAUCGACGACCCUUUCACAAGUUGCAUCGGCCAAUGCUGAAUAUGAAUCAAAACCUUUCUGUAGUGCAACACCAUCGGCAAGUGGCCGAUUUAAUUUCCAAUCGAUUGCUCCAGGAAAGUAUUCUGUGCAACCAUCUGUCCAGAGUAAAAAUAUUCAAUUCCACAUUCGGCCCGAAUACAUUGAGUUCGAGGUGACGAAUGAUGCGGUUGAAUUGAAACAAAGUUUUGAAAUCACUGGCUUCAGUGUGUUCGGCCGUGUACUCUCCGCCGGAAAUGGUUUUGGUGUUGCCAAUGCAAAGGUGAUUUUGAAUGGGGAAAAAGCAACCACAACACACACUGACGGAACAUACACAUUGAAAAAUAUCAAGGCUGACACAUACAGAAUUACGGCUGAAGCUGAAAAUGUUCAGUUCGAAGAACGAAGUGUGAAAAUUUCAAUUGCCAGCCCAUCAAUACCUGACAUCGUUGUGUCAGCAUUCAAAGUGUGUGGAUGGGUGUUGUCACAACAUUCGUACACAAUUGCCAUCACAAAACAUGCAUCGACAUUCCACACUCAAGCCACAAGCCAAAAGGGUACGGGUGAAUGGUGUACAUUCUUACCGCCCGGUAAAUAUUCAAUUCAAAUUCUAACCAGCUCAGAAGAUUUGGCAUCGGGCAUUCAAUUCUUCCCGAAACAUCAAAACAUCGAAGUAAACACAUCACCACUGUCCGGCAUCACAUUCUCACAACUACGUGCAACGGUUACCGGCGAUGUUAAGUGCCUGUCUGAUGGCGAUGGAACUGCUCAGUGUCGUGCAUCAAUCAUUUCGCUGAAUCCACUCGAUGCCGAUGGCAAUCGUAACGGACAAGUCAUUACUGCUUCGUUGACAAAUGGAAAAUACAGUUUCUCAGAAGUUUUACCGGGAACAUAUGAAGUGUCCGUUCCAACCAACUUACUCUGCUGGGAAAGUAACACUCUUACAUUGAUCGUUAAGAGUGCCACCGAAAUUGUGCCGACUUUCGUUCACACCGGAUACUUGGUAUCGGUAUCGAGCUCACAUAACACUAAAAUGGCCUAUGUGUUCCGAUCAACAAAACCUGAAGAAUCGGCUUCGAAAGAAAUCUUCUUGGCACCGGGCAUCAAUUCGUUCUGCGUGGAUAAAUACGGUCAUUAUGAUUUAUCAUUUUCAGGUUGUCACAGCUACGAUUCAACGACACCAAAAUCAUUUAAAACGGGCGAAGAAAAACCGGUUGCCGUCAAUGCCGUCAAGCAUCGUAACGGUGUUCGCAUUUUGUCCGAUAUCAAAUCGGCUUUUAAAGUACUCGUCGAAUCGGAGAUCGGCGAGAAGAAAGUCAUUUCAUUCACGGAAGAAACGACUAAAGUCAACGGCAAAUUUGCAUAUCGAUAUGAUUUCGAUUUAGAACCAUCGGCCAAAUUGACACUCACCCCACAAAGUGAUACCAUCCUAUUCACACCACAAUCGAAGGAAAUUUAUGGUGCAAGCGACUGUAUUGAGAAUGCCUUCACAUUCACCGCUGCAAAGGGAUUGAUAAUUAAUGGAAAAGUCACACCGCCAAUUGGUGAUGUGAAAAUCACGCUAACAUUCAGUGACAGCCCAGAUCUCUCACCAAUCGAAGUUCUUACAUCAUCGAAUGGUCAAUUCAAAUUCGGUCCAUUGAAUGGAGACUUGGCGGUUAGCUUGUCCGCAUACAAAGAAUCGUACAUCUUUUCCGAAUUUGACAGUGAACGUGGCGAAUUCAAGGCGCAUAAAUUGUGCGAAGUAAUUGCAACGGUAAAGGAUGAGCUUGGCAAUAAAUUGUCUGGUGUUUUGUUAUCAUUGUCGGGUGCGGAAAGUUAUCGUAAGAAUUUGGUAACCGGUGAAGAUGGCACAAUCAAUUUUCAUUCACUGUCACCCAGUCAAUAUUAUUUGCGUCCAAUGAUGAAGGAAUACCGUUUUGAGCCAUCAUCGAAAAUCAUUGAUGUUAAAGAUGGCGAAACGGUACGUGUCGAACUCAAUGGCAAACGGGUUGCAUUCUCCGUAUUUGGAUCGGUGAACUCAUUAAAUGGCGAACCAUUUGCGGACGUUGUCGUUGAAGCUCGUGCAGAGGAACGUUGCGGCCAACAUCAAGAAGAAUCAUCUACUGAACCAAAUGGACAAUAUCGUAUUCGUGGACUUCAACCCGGCUGCGAAUACAGCAUUCGUGUACGAUCGAACAGUGAAAAUUCGGCAACCGUUGUCGAUCGCACCGUGCCAAUCGCUCGACAAAUUACCGUUGACAAACAAGACACUCACAACAUUAACAUUAUCGCCAUUAGCCCAUUGAAUUACAUUGAUGUGAUUGCCAGAGUGACCGCAUCAAACAAUGAAUAUUACAAAUCGUUGCGUGUGCAACUAUACAAAAAGGGCAACGCCGACAGUCCGCUCUAUUCGCAACGCGUUGAAACACCGAUCUCCGUCAAGAGCCGUGUCAAUCCGGGCGCAUUGGUCUUUUUCCCACGCAUUCCAUUCGAUGGUAAAUCCUAUGUGGUCGAACUCACCACAACAUUGUCGGAGAAAAAUUUCAAAUUCACCCUGCCCAUUGAACAUUUUGAGGCAAAUCGUAGUACAAUCUAUGUCGAUUUAGAUUUUACACCCGAAAUUCGACUCAACGAAAAUGAACUGAAUGAAAAUUCAUUUUCCGCACUAAUCUUACUCGGUUUAGUUGUAAUUGCAUUUUUCAAACAGGAGCUGGCCGUGGAAUUCUUCUCAUUCCUAUGGAAUAAAAUCAACGUUGUCGCGCAAACGGCCAUCAAUCAGGCAUCAUCACCAAAGAGAAAAGACAAUCGCUUUGAUGCCACAUACAAUGACAGCGAAAUUGAAAAACUUGCGCAAAGUAUAAACGCUACCAAAAAGAAGAACGUUCGUAAAACGUAGAUCAAACCGGACGAACAAGAUUCAUUAAUAAGAUAAAACGAUGCGGUGUUUUUAAUUUUUUUUUUUCGAGUCGAAAUGCGAAACAAUUAGUGUGUAAAUUUUUUCUUGGGUUUUAAAACCGAAUGUAAAAUUUCAGGAUGAUUAUUAUUAUUAUUUUUUUUUUGUUAUUUCCAAUUCCUCAAGAAACUUCAUGUGCAGUGGUACCAUAAAUUUAGCUUUUUAAGAUUUAAUACCAAGGUGGCAUCAGCCGCACGCCACAUCUUGCGUGCUAUUCAAACGGAAUUAAUUUAUUUGUAAAUGAACGAUGUAAAUGGAUUGAGUCUGUUAUAUGAACAAUAAAUUAUUUCCUAGUGGAUUAAAAUAUGGAGAGAAAAAAAAAAAAA